AGAGUCCCCGCGUCUCCUGGAGCUGAACCAACCUUCCCUGCGGAGGCGGUCGGUGUGUUCCUCCCCAACUCUCUGAGGCUUCCUCUCGGCACGCGGCAGAAGGAGCAGACGGAUGUCCCAGCGCUGCGCCGCCGACCGGCAGAAAGCAGCGUGCCAGGUAUCAUGACGCACCCAAAAAACCGGGCACUUGCUUGGACUUCUCUCUUCGGGUCUGCCGUGUGAUGUGAUUGUGCCCACGCUGUUUAAUCGAGUUUCACCUGAUCCCCUGGACGGAGCCAUACGAGAUUUAUGGAUCUCCGCUCCGCUGCUGCCUCUGCUGAGUAGCAUCUCUCAAAGUGAGAAGACUUGCUCUGCAUGUGUGCGUCCGCCGCUUCACAAACUUGGACCGCUGCCUCUGUUCGUGGCGAACAACAUCCAGCUCUGCAAACCUCCGUCACUGCACACUACAAACGGACUUUAUAGCCCAGAACUUUUACUAAACUUUCACCAAAUCAACUUUUCCUCUGCGGAUGAAGAUUUGAUUGUCCGAGUCUAUGUUGAAGUGUGCUGGGAAUAACUGGUGUACGCACGCCUCUUACAUGUGUGUCAUCUCACCUGCACUCAUUUGACCGUCUAAAAAUACAAGAAAGAUCCGACUUAAAGGGACGCACAGCAUGAUACACAGCGCCCUUGCCUUCCGCUGUUGCUGACGCACAUAGGUAGCGAAAAUUGGCUGUAAACUAUGGGGAGUCAUUCCUGAGGAUUGAGUCGCAGCUCUCCGCGGGUGUAUGGAGAAGAGCAGCCCGAGGAUGACGGGCGGGCCCCGGGAGACGCCGGUAAACUCCUCUCCGGCGGUGGCAGCCAACGCGGAGGGUGAGGAGAUCGAGGUUUUGGAAAGCACCGACGUCCUCCCCGUGGCUCAAGAGGACCAAUGGAAGGCUCUGUUUGACAAGUAUGACCCAGAGAAUUCGGGCUUCAUCAGUACGGAGCGUUUCAGGGACCUGCUGGCGACCCAUGGUUCAGAGCUUGAUCCCCACAAACUGGAAGUCCUCUUGGCCCUCGCUGAUGGUAACGCUGAUGGAAAGAUCUGCUACCAAGACUUUGUCAACCUGAUGAGUAACAAGCGCUCCAACAGUUUCCGGAGGGCCAUUUUGCAGGGGAGCCGGCAGCUAAAAGGCUGCAGUCUUAGAGAUGAGGUUGGCUUGGGGCUGUCUCAACGGCUGGUCCGACACGUCGCCUAUGAGACACUGCCUCGCGAGGUUGACCGCAAGUGGUACUUUGACAGUUACACCUACUGCCCCCCUCCCUGGCUCAUCCUGGCUAUCACCAUUGCUGAGGUAGCCGUGUUCAUGUAUUAUGGGUUCCAGCUAGACCGCUUGGUCCUGCAGGUGUCCAGCCCAUCCUUUCUAAAAAGCCCCUUACCUUACCACCCCCAGCUACGAGCCCAAGCGUGGAGGUACCUCAGCUACAUUUUCAUGCACACUGGGAUUGAACACUUGAGUCUGAACAUGGCCAUGCAGCUGCUGGUGGGAGUCCCUCUAGAAAUGGUCCACGGAGCCCUGCGGAUCGGACUGAUCUACGUGUGUGGUGUGCUGGCAGGCUCUCUGGCAGUAUCGGUCACCGAUAUGACGGCUCCUGUUGUCGGGUCAUCUGGUGGAGUGUACGCUCUGGUCUCAGCACAUUUGGCCAAUGUAGUAAUGAAUUGGUCGGGAAUGAAGUGUCAGUUUAAGUUAUUCCGGAUGGCCAUGGCUCUGGUUUGCAUGAGUGUAGAGUUUGGCCGGGCCGUGUGGCUGAGGUUCUACCCUCCGGCCUUUCCUCCUUGCCCCAAUCCCAGUUUUGUAGCUCACCUGGGAGGAGUGGUGGUUGGUCUGACGCUGGGUGUGGUGGUGCUGCAGAACUACGAGCAGCGACUCCAGGAGCAGUCCCUGUUUUGGAUAUUCUUCUGUGUCUAUACCCUGUUUGUGGUCUGUGCUGUCUUCUGGAACAUCUUCGCCUACAGCUUGCUUGAUGUGCGACUGCCCCCGCCACCAUGACUUGCUUAUUAGAGCCAGACAAGACCCUGUAUCCCCUUUAUUGCUCCACUGACAGAUGCCUCACCAACAGGAAGGAUGAGUCAGCCCUUAUAUCCUGAGGUUUGUUGUGGGUUGAUCAGAGUCAUCUGACAGCCACCGUCCUACAUCCAGCGCUCUGAUGCAGGGAGGCUCCUGACAUGCAGCAGCCCUUGCUAUCCAUCUGCCUACCAGCUACCUUCUGGGUUAAGCCUUACCAUUGUUGUUCCCGCUUACCAUGCCAGCUAACCUCCACCUCUUUGCUCUUUUACUACAUCUCUGUUUUACGUUUGUCUCAAGAGUAUCAGCCAGUUGGACAUUUGUUGACAACACUGUAUUGACAAAUGAGAAGCCUCGGAUCUAACACAGCAAAAACAGUCCUGUCCACAUUGCUUAACCUUCUCUGCCUCUUCCGCCUCAAUCCAACGGUGCCUUCUCAUGGAGACGUCAGCCUGAUGAAAGUAUUUCUGCACAGUUGCCUCUUGUGUAGGGUGACAGCAGUAAAACCCUGCAGUAUAAACGGUUUUCCAGGCAGAGAGAAGUUCAUGAAAAUCCUGUGAUCUGCCUGCCUCCAUCAGUACUGUUCAUCAGUAAAUGAACAAUAAGGUCAUUAGAGAAUUUAGGCUUAGUUGGUAUUUUGUCAUCAUUACAAGCGACUCAUACACACAAAAGGUUUAGAUUAACCAGAAAGUAGGAUAUAGAGAGAGCACAUAGUGUAUAGGCUACAGCAACCUUCAUAUAUUAUCAUGAAUUUACCUUUGUAGGAAAGUGUGGGUUACUAUUCAGUGUUGCCUUGAGCAAUUGGCACUUCCCCAGAGAAGGAUUUAUUUGUGUUCAGCGCUAUUUGAACUUGUGUCUUUUUGCGUGUGCGACAAUUGUACCAUUGUGUGUACAGAUAAAAAAGAAGCAGAAGUGCCAUUCAGACUUUAAGCUUUCCAAAAUGAUGCCAAAACAUUGCUACAAGCAGUAGGGGAAGAGUGCAUCCCCUGGCAAGAAUUUGUGUAAGAAAAAUUAAUCUAAUUUUGAUUGUAAGGAAUCGUUGGAAUGUAACAAAUAAUGUUCACGAAGAAUCUCUUGCUGACACAGAAAAAUUGUAGUUAUUUUGUUGUCCCCUCUGGGCAUUUGCAGUGAUUUUUACAAUGGUUGAAAAUUGUGAAGAAGUGACAGAAGUUUAUUUAAUGAUUGGCAAGGUGGUGAAUUAAGGAAAGUGGGAUUAGGCUAAUUCACCGCUGAAAACAUUCAUCGAUGGAGACAUCCGGGCCGUUCGGAAUAAAUCUAGUCUUUUUUCUGAUUACCAAUUGAGAAGAGCACACAUGCCUGACCUCAACUACAUUCGGGCUGGGGACGUUUUACUCUCAUACAGGAGGCAGUGGGGGAAAAUAACUAAAUCAAUACUCUCUCAUUAGUUUCUGUCACAAAUGAAAUUGCUAAUUGAUUGAACUGGGAUAGAAAACAACCCCAGCCCUCAGCUGUGUCUGAAACUGUACUGUACUUUAACCUCAUGUUACGCUGGUAACUGCUUCGCACAAACAUUAUUAUAAUGUAAUUAUACACAGAUUAAUAUUUUAACAUGCAUUUGCUGUUGAUUUUGUUUUAACUUGGUGAUUAUGGUAUGUUGUGUAAAUUGUUUGGUUGGUCUGCAUUGUGAUAUGUUAGUUAUAUCCUGUAUGUAUCCUAUUUAAACACUUGGUAAAGAUGGCCUGGGAUUGUAUAUAAUAAGGGCUACUGCAGAAAACUGUGUGAGGGGCAAAUUGCUGAAAAUAUUUUAACAUUGUGCAUAUUUUGUAGAUUUGAUAUGUACAUAGCGAAGUACAUUAAACUUUUUUAUACAGAAACAAAA